GCACAUUUUUUAUCUUUCUCAUAUCAAUUGUCGCUCUCUCAGUUCUCUCUCUCUCUCUCUAAAAUAGCUCUCCCAUUUUAUUUUCGCCGAUUGAAAACCCUAGAGUAAAAUUCCCCAGUACGAUUUUUAGCUCCAUUUUUGUCUGAAUCCCCUCCUCGAUAUCCGUGACAGACAGGACUUAAUAAGAUUAAGCAGCUGGCAGAGGAUUGACAAUAUUCAAGAUAAAUUGGAUGAGAUUAUAGUCAUGUUUGUUUUCCGGAUAUAACUUUAAUUUCGAUGUUGUGUAGGAGCAGCACCGUUUGCAGGAUGUGGAAGAGAAUUGGCCAGCGGUGAACAAUUACUGGGAAGGAAGACGGAGGCAAAGUGACGUAGUGGAAUCUAACACAGAAACUUAUAAUCUACAUAACUCAAGUAUUUGUAACUGGCUGCUUGAAAUCAAAAGUUCAAUUCUUAUGUUCAACAUUCUCUCCCUACUAAAAGUUAGCAUACAGAGAUAGAGGAUCGAGCAAUUAUCCUCUUCAUUCAUCACAGAGCUUGAACUUCAGUCAAUCCACUCUGAGGACUGAUUUUAAUCAAAGUCAGUCCCAAAGCCAACAAUUAGAUUUGAAUGGCUCAAUGUACAAUAGUCAGAUUCAACAUACAAGGCAGAGUGAAGCAAACUUUCUGGCAGUGGAUACAGAUUCUAAUCAGCGGAAUCUUUUAAACGCAAGAGGCUUAUCUAUCCGUGAAUUGGAGCAAAGGAGUGGCCUUGACCAUCAAGCAAAAACUUCAGUUAGAUCAGAAGCAUCUGUAUCUCCCAUUAGUUUUGAUCUUUUUGGUGGUCAGCAACAGAUGAGUCAUCACCACCCAAGCAUGCUGCAAUCUUUGCAGCGUCAACAGUCUGGGUACAAUGACAUGCCACAACUACAACAACAAGUCAUGUUAAGGAAAAUGCAAGAGCUCCAAAUGCAGCAGCAACUUCGGCAACAAGAUUCAAGGCAACAAAAUUUAUUAAAUCAGAAUUUCCCUUUUGCUAAGCAGGCAUCUGGCCACCAGUCCUCCCCUCAGAUCAAUGGUACUCCAAGUUCUGAGACAUUUCAUCACCCAUUGGUGGCUGAUCUUGGUAAUGCCAAUUGGCUGCAUCAUGGUUCUCCCACCAUGCAAGAGUCCCUCAAUGUUUCUCCGCUAAACCUUGGCCAGGCCCAACGUUCAGGGGAUCUUGUCCCUCAAUUGGCUGAUCACUCUCUUUAUGGAGUUCCUAUUUCUGGCUCUAGGGGUUUGACUGUGAAUCAGUAUUCUCAGAUGGCCAUGGAUAGACCAUCAAUGCUGCAGACAUCGACCUUUAGUAAUUCCAUUCCAGAUAAUCAACUUGCAGAUCAUGUUUGCAUGCAAGAAGGGACAUCAAUAUCUAGACACAGAUCUCAGAAUGAAAAUAUGCUUGGACAUGUUUCUAGUCAAGCUCUUAAUGCUGGGAUAAAUAUGGAGAGCAUCCAGCCAGUGAAUCUCAUUCAAAGAAAUGCACCUCAGCAGGACUUCAGAGGGAGGCAGUAUCCAUCUAUUUCACCGGAGCUUUCACAUGGAAAACCGACAAGGCAAUACUCUUCGAGUCAGAAUGAAGUUGCCCUAGAUCCUACUGAAGAAAAGAUAUUGUUUGGUUCAGAUGAUAAUAUAUGGGCUGCCUUUGGUAAAAGCCCUGAUAUUAGUGGAGAUGGAGGUAGUUCGUUUGACAACGAUGGGUUGCUAAAUGGGUUUCCUUCUAUUCAAAGUGGUAGUUGGAGUGCUCUCAUGCAAUCAGCUGUUGCAGAAACUUCGAGCAGUGAUAUAGGGCCACAAGAGCAGUGGAGUGGUCUGGUAAACAGUACUGAAGUCCCUUCAGCAAAUCAGCAUCUUUCACUGUACAAUGAGAGUGGUAAACAAGAUGACUCUUUGGCUGAUGACACUAUGCGGAUGCCUUCAGCAUUCCCUUCUGGUUCUGCACCCCCUUCUGAUGACAGCCAUAUGAACAAUAGCUAUCAGAAUGCCAUGGGAUUUGAUCAAUUUGGACACAAAUUUCAAGGUAAACCUGGUCAAAUAUUGCAGUCUAUGUCUCAAAGACUUGUCCAGCCUUUGGAGGAAGCAAACCGGUGGUCAAAUUGUGGUCCAGUGCAAAGAUCAGUUGCUGAAGGGAGUCAGCUAUUUAAAAACGUCUCACAACAUUCUCUUGAUGCUGAUAAAAAUUCAACAAGCACUUCUACACUUUGGAAUUCCGAGAAUAGUGGAAGAAAACAACCAACCAAUUGGAAAGCCUUGGGUCCUUUAAAACAUUCCAUAGGAAAUGAAGGGGGCUUGAGUUUAAAUGAUGCUGCUUCCAUGCCUAACUCAAGUGCCACAGGGGUUGAUGCGGAAAACAGUCAAUUUGUUCAGAAUAGUUAUUUACUUAAUCAGUGGAAGAAUACCAAUUCUUUGGUUAAAUCCCAAAGAGGUGAAGGCCUAGGGAGCUUGCUGCACAGCACAAAUGAAGAUAAUCAGGUUUCGGACUCAGCGCAUGGUUGUGACAGAGAGGAAGUUACAACACAUGAGACGGACAGUUCUUAUUUGAAGGGAAAUUUGAAUGAAAGUCGACCAAACUUCUUACAGCACAUUCCUAGUGGUUUGAGAGACCGUCGGUUGUCUGAUGCUAGUGAUUCACAACCUCUACCCACUGGCAAGCAAAAGACAACUAAUCAGCUUGGUAGGAAAGCUUCUGGCCCUCGCAAGUUUCAGUAUCAUCCCAUGGGAAACUUGGACGAGGAUGUGGAAUCUGCUCAUGAAAUGAAGCAGCCUACACAUGCCCUGGCCAUGUCCCAGCAGAAUGUGCAUCUUGGCCGGUCAAAUUUUUUUGAUCAGGUCUCAAAGAAAUCUAUGCAGCAAUCUUCUGCUCUUCAAAGAGACAAUAAAGGCGUUAACGAGGGGCAAUCCGGGGUCAGCAUUCCUGGUUAUACACCUAAUAUUUCUGUUCCUUUCAAUAAAUCUGUUGAUGCAUACACACCAAACGCGACUUCAUCUAGUCAAAACAUGCUGGAGCUUCUUCACAAGGUGGAUCAUCAUGGUUCCAUGAUGCACGUCAAUUCUUCUGAAACAAAAAAUAAUGAUGGUUCUGUUGACCACGUCCAUCGCAAUCAUUCGGCUGCAUCCCAAGGUUUCAGAUUGCAACUUGGUCCUCCAUCUCAACGGAUGCAAGUUUCGGAAUGUUCACCGUCUUCUCAGACUGUUCAACAUACAACUGAUUCUCCACAUUCAAGUCAUGCUGCUGCCGAAAUUGAAGAGAAUGGCCCACGCAUAGUUACCACAUCUUCAAUUCAAUCAGUGCCUUUUUCUAAUAAACAAUCCGAGACUCAGUUAAAAGAUGAAAAAUCUGGAAUUCCAGGACAAUCUGAAAGUGGAACCACUGGAUAUAAGAUUCAUGGGAAUUUUUCUCCAACAUUAAAUUCUGGCUCUGGCUACUCAGUAAGUCAUCUUCAUCAACAGAUGACUGGGGCAAGUGGACAAAUGCCAGUAAAUCAGAAUAAUAACUCGUAUUUUGAUAGAAGUGCCUCCAACUCCACCCAGAAAGGAUCUGAGGAAACCUUUUUGCUCAAUGCAUCUUGCAGUACUCCACACAGUAUUCAUGUGUCUUCUGGGGGGACUUCUCGGCAAACCAGCAUUAAUGAUCCACAGGGAAGAGGUUCAUCUGAUACAAUGUUAGCUAGGGAUCAUGUGCCCUAUUCUCAGCCAUCGGCUGCGCCUAUCAUUUCUCAACAUGGUGCAUCCACACAGAUGUUUAUGUGGACCAAUGUUCCUACACACCAACAAAGUCAGGGUUCUCAGUAUCCCAAGGUGUCGUCACAUUUCCUAGAGUCCACACAACCAAAUAUUGUGGAAUCAAGUUCUUCUGUACCCCAUACUGCAGUUGAUCCUAAUAAGAAUCUCUCAUCCAAAUUUAGUGGAAUUCCUAUGAACUCUGCUGUUGUUAGUGGGGAAGGGCAGAGGUUGAAGGAAAGCUCUGAAUUUCAAGUAACAUCUGUAAACACUGUCCCUGUUCAACAGAUGAAUGAGGCCCUUGGAAAAGUAUCCUCUGUCAAGUAUCCCUUGGAUGAUUCUCAUGCUAAUUCUUCUUCAAAACAAAAGGAUAUUGAAGCAUUUGGUCGGUCUUUGAAACCUAAUAGCUUCUCUCAUGAAAAUUACUCCUUACUAAAUCAAGUGCAGGCCAUCAAGGAUGCAGAGGUUGAUCCAAACAUUAGGGCCUCAAAGAGGAUGAGAGGAUCAGAUGUUCAUCAAGUAGCUUCACAGGGAGGGCAGGUAAAUGAACACAGUGCUAUUAAUGGAGAUCUGUUAGGUUCUUAUGCUGCAGUUUCAUCUGGGGAUUCUAGAAUGCAAAGGUUCUCCACGUCAGCUGAUGCCUCUCAGGACGUUCUUGCAUUUGAUCGGGAUACUUCUAGAAUUUCUCUUGGUUCUCAGAUCUCACCAUCUUGUUUAGAUCAGUACGGAACUUUUAAAAAUGGAAGAAUUUUUCCAAUGUAUGAUGCAAGCAUGGUCACCACUUUAAGAACAGCCGAACCAUGUUUUAAUCUUGGGAAAUCUUCCAGUAGUUUGCAUACACAUAAUUCUAUGGAUGGGGCAAGUCUAGUUGGUGGUGCCCAACAAAGUUCUAUUCCUUCAUCUGUAGCGAUUGAACAUUUUUCUUCUCCUGAGUCAGAAUCCAAGAAGCGCAAGGAUGCUACUUCUGAACAACAUCCUUGGCACAAGGUAGUAUCACAGGGUUCACAAAAUCUUCAAACUCUCAGGAUGGCAGAAGUCAAUUGGUGUAAAGCAGCAAAUCGGCUAAUUGAUAAGGUGGAAGAUUUUGACUUGAUUGAAGAUGGACUGCAAGUGCUUAGAUCAAAGAUAAGGCUUAUCUUGACGACACAACUUAUGCAGCAAUUGAUUUGCCCUCCACGAGCAGCAAUUCUCUCUGCUGAUGCUAGUUCAGAUUAUGAGAGUGUGGCUUACUCUGUCUCUAGGAUAGCACUGGGAGAGGCUUGCAGUGCAGUUUCUCGCUCAAGUGAUUCAGAUAUGCCUUUUCAUGGAAAAGACAUACUUGCUGCUAAGGGCAAUCAAUCUGAUGGAAUUGGUGACCAUCGUUUUGACAAAGCUAUUGAAGAGUUUAUGGGAAGAGCAACGAAGCUAGAGAAUGAGUUCUUGAGACUAGACAAGAGUGCAUCAAUAUUGGACCUGAGAGUGGAGUGCCUAGAUCUGGAGAAGUUUUCUGUCAUAAAUCGUUUUGCUAAAUUCCAUGGCCGGGGUCAAAGUGAUAGUGCUGAGACAGCAUCAACCUCUGAUGUCAAGUCAAGUGUUCAUAAACCUUUCCUGCAGAGAUAUGUCACUGCUCUUCCAAUGCCUAGAAAUAUUCCCGACAGGGUACAAUGUCUAUCUCUAUAAUUGUUAUAUUGAUUGGUUUUCUCAGGUCAACUGUCUCCUUGGUUUUUUCUGUUUCCCCUUGGUUACGUACUGGCAGUUGCCUGGACACAAAUAGGAUUAUAGUAUGAAAUUGCAGAAGGAUGGACAUGAAGUUGUCUCCUCAUACAUGAUUGAGGCUGUUUGUUCUUUUGAAUUUAGGCCAUUGAUGUCAUUACCAAGAAAUACCAGGUUCAGUUCAUGUACACCUGUUUAAAACUGAGAAAUUUCGGGUGCCCCAUCAUUUUGGCUGACCAGAGAUAGAACAAGUGCGACAUGGUAUUUCAAAUAUAUCUACAAGUAGAAAAAUUUCUUUAUAUAUAGCAGCAGGUAUAAAAUGUCUUUUGAUUGACAAAUUAUGGAGCAUAUUUUUCAAUUUGCAGAUUAAUGGGUUAUUUCACUCUGGAGUCUUCUAUAAACUCAGUUUAUGAUUUAUGAGUUCUUUUUAUGUGUAAGAAAGUUAUUUAUA